UUGAUCAGCCCGUUGACCCCUAUGCACUCGAGUUUUCACUGCAUUGUGUUGCUGAGACAUCGCCCCCUUGAGCUUUCGCCCGUCUACAUUUCCCUUGUUACACCGGAGGAGAGACAGUGCUUCCCAUCCAUAUUAAUGAGUGUGCUGCACCUCUGCUUCCCUUUACUUCCUUGAACGGCGUUGUGCUCAGCUACGUCAGCAACAUGCGAGGCCGUAGCCUGAGACAAACGACAUGGAGCCGGAGCAACGGCAUCGUUAGAAGCACAAACACGUACGCCCGGUCUGGUACGCCCGAGACACACUUUCCAUUUCUUGUGGUCAAGAGGGUAUAGUCAGUCAGCGUUUAUCUCCUGCUGGUGGUCGAGUCGCGUCUGGAUUCUCUCCGUGAGAUAUGAGCGCUGCAGGGUGACAACUUCAUAAUGGAUGACAUUUCUUUACAAGGUUUUUCACUCUUGGUCCUCGUUCUAGCCUCGUUUUCUCCUGGCAGCACCAUUCAGAAAAGGGAGGUUCAAACCUACGUCGAAAUAUCACAUCCCGUAGCCAGGCAGACAGCCGCCGGCCAGGUUACGACGUCGUCAGCCUUUCAAGUUAAUUACCAGUCCCCCGUGCUUCCAACUCCCCAGCCAGGACCUGUUGUUCUUCUAGGAGCUGCCGCGACGUUGUCCGCACCAGGCACGGAUUACGGCGGCGUCUACAGUCCUCCAUCUCACCCUUCCUACCCUGCUUAUCCUGGACGCAACGCUGCCCUUGACUUGGAACGCGGAGACGAGCUGUUUCCGCAGGAACAGGGAGUAUCCGUACAGAAGGCUUACAGAGCAGACACCGAGUAUCCACCUCUCGAUUACAAGGACAGGAAGAGACUGUAUUCCGUUGGUUUUGCCUACGCGCUGGAUUUCUUGGGAAAGGCUUCCUAAGGAACUACACUUCUCGUCGGUGUUCAAAAUAACAAAUGUAUAGGACUGUAGCAACUGUGUAGUUGCAAGAAGGUAAAUUAUAUGACGUGGACAUGCGCAGUCUCAUGUACCAAAUUUUGGCGAUUCGUUUCAUUCCGCUGUUGCAAGAAGAGGUGAGCGCCGAUAAUA